AUGUCCACCGCGCGAGUGAUCACCUCCUCGAACCUGCGCUACUUCGUGCCCAGGAAUACCAGGAAACACUUGCCAGUGUACACCGACUUCCGCAGCCGUGGAGCUCAGUGCUUCAUCAUCAUAAAAAACAUACAGGGACACACGCCGGCCCUCGCCCAGGAACUUACAACCUCCCUGUUUGAGGCCGAGGACCCGUCCGCGGGCUUUAUGCGUGUGGAGCAGCACCCCAACCGCGUAGUCAUCAAAGGAGCGCGUCCGCAUUGGAAGGACCGCGUCGUCGAUUUUCUGCGAGAACGCGGGUUCUAG